AUGCUUAGUCCUGUCAAGUGGCCCUGCAUCCCCACUGAGAACUUCUGUGUUCACUGUGCUGGCUAUGGGUUCCUGAGCCAGAGAAGUCAGAAAUCGAGAGACCCAGGAGCUGUGACUAGUGCAGAUGUCAGAAAGCUGGAUGUCCGGGAAGUUGUAGCCCUAUCAAGGAUGGUCUACGCCCAGCCAAAGAUGUUAACACCCAGGAUGGUCUACGCCCAGCCAAAGAUGUUAACACCCAGUAGAGAAGAUGUCCUUGUCUUGACUCCGUGGCUGGCUCCCAUCAUCUGGGAGGGGACCUUCAACAUCGACAUCCUGAAUGAGCAGUUCAGGCUUCAGAACACCACCAUUGGACUGACUGUGUUUGCCAUCAAAAAGUAUGUGGUGUUCCUGAAACUGUUCCUGGAGACGGCAGAGCAGCACUUCAUGGUGGGACACAAGGUCAUCUACUAUGUCUUCACUGACCGUCCUGCCGAGGUGCCGCAGGUGCCCCUGGGGGCAGGACGGAAGCUGGUGGUGCUGACCGUGCGCAACUACUCCCGCUGGCAGGAUGUGUCCAUGCACAGGAUGGAGAUGAUCAGCGACUUCUCCGAGCGGCGCUUUCUGCAGGAGGUGGACUACCUGGUGUGUGCAGAUGUGGACAUGAAGUUCCAAGACCACGUGGGUGUGGAGAUUCUCUCAGCACUCUUCGGUACCCUGCAUCCUGGCUUCUACAGAAGCAGCCGAGAGGCCUUUACCUAUGAGCGCCGGCCAAAGUCACAGGCCUACAUCCCCCACAAUGAGGGCGACUUUUAUUACAUGGGGGCCUUCUUUGGGGGGUCAGUGGUGGAGGUGCACCGUCUCACCAAGGCCUGCCAUCAGGCUAUGGUGGAGGACAAGGCCAACGGCAUCGAGGCCGUCUGGCAUGAUGAGAGUCAUCUGAACAAGUACCUGCUGUACCACAAGCCUACAAAGGUGCUGUCCCCAGAGUAUGUGUGGGACCAGAAGCUUCUGGGCUGGCCCUCCAUCAUGAAGAAGCUGAGAUAUGUGGCUGUGCCCAAGAACCAUCAGGCAAUCAGGAACAGAUAGCUGAAUUCCUAUUGGAGAGGCCAGGCUUAUAUCCAGGGUCACUCCAGGCU